AUGAGACUAACUACUGCUACUUGUUUGGCUGCAACUUUGGCCUUUGCCAUCGCACAUCCUUUAGAAAAGAGAUCCAUUGUUAACUCUACAGAAGACGCCACAAGCAACAAUGACUUGCAAGCUUCAUAUGGCAAACCAUUUGCUAUCUUCCAGCCAAAGAUGUUUGUCAUCAACAUGUUUGAGUACGAAGCUCAGCCAUGGUUAGAGUCUUUAGAUUUUGAGCACAACAUUACAAUCCCAGGAUUAUCUCCAUUGUAUCCAUCCAUAUACUGCACUAGCAAUUACUCUGUCUGUGAGAUGACAACUGGAGAAGGAGAGAUCAACGCUGCUGCUUCUGUUACUGCCUUGGGAUUGUCUCCUUUGUUUGACCUCUCUCAUACUUACUUCUUAAUUUCGGGUAUCGGUGGUGGUGAGCCUCAAUUCACUACGAUGGGCUCAGUCACUUUCGCAAAAUAUGCAGUUCAAGUUGCCUUGGAAUAUGAGACAGCCUAUCAAGACUUUAGUAGCUCACGCGCAAAUUGGACUUCUGGCUAUUGGGCUUACGGGACAGAAGACCCUUGGACUUACCCAGGAAACGUCUACGGUACUGAGGUCUUCGAAGUCAAUGAGAACUUAAGAGAUAGGGCGGUGGAGUUGGCUGAAACCGCAACCUUGGAAAAUGGCACUGAUGCGAAUGCGGCUAACAGAUUGUUGUAUGAUGAGCCCGCCGCUCGUGGAUUACCGUCUGUUGUGAAGUGUGACGCAUUGACGUCCGACAACUACUUCACUGGUAACACGUUAGGAGACUACUUUUCGUUCUAUGCCUCAAUGAUGACAAACGGGUCUGCCACUUACUGUUCUACUGCACAAGAAGAUAAUGCAUCUUUAGAAGCAUUCACCAGAUUACACAGGUAUGGUCUCGCUGACUACAAUAGAGUUGUUAUCAUGAGGUCUAUCUCUGAUUUCACAAGACCACCUCCAUCCAAAUCCAAUGACACUGUUUCUUGGUUCAACAACCCAGAAGACGGUGGCUCUUCGGUCGCUUUCGCAAACUUGCCAAUUGCUGGGUUGCCUUUCGUUAGAGAUGUCUUGGAGAAUUGGGACAAUGUGUACUACGCGGGAAAGAAGUACGGCCCAGAAAACUACACUGGAGAUUUAUUCAAUACCUUGGGUGGCACUCCUGAUUUUGGGAAAUCUUCUUUUGACAUCGCUUGA